GUGGCCGAGAUUAGAGUCAGUGCGGACGGUACCGCGCGUCGUAAGCCCACUUAAGACUGUUUUUAAUACUAGUAUUUUUUACGCGAUCGCAAGGAUUUAGCGGAUUUCUGAUUCGUUCGUGCGCUUUGAUUUAUAGCUAUCGGUUUUGUGUUUACGUUAGUGGUUGACGGAUUGUCGCGUGCUCAUAAUCCACCGGCUUCUAGUAGAUUAUGACGGAUAAGAAGAGAUUUGGUGCUCAGUGAUACAGGCUGAGGAGUUGACCCAUUGAAUUGUAACGUGUAAACAAACAAAUUAUACUAUUGGCGGAGAAUGUCCAGCGCAUAACUCCGUUUACAGUCAGUCGCUCGCGCGGCCUUUUCGACCCCGUGACCAGAAGGCAUCACCAUUCAUCUCCGCGUGUACAAGGAGGCCCUGGCGGCCGGAAUGGAGCCGCUAAGCGAGAAUGGGCUUUGUCUCAGCGAGCUGGAGCUCCAUGGUGGGGGUCACUUGCACGAAUCAGUGGCGGCAUCUGUUGGGUCCGCCAUUUCCAGCUUGAUGGCGCCCUUGCAUCACGAACCGCAGCAUACCCCGUUACACCAUGCCCCGCCAUUGCAUCAUGAGCCGUUGGAGAAGCUAAAACUAUGGGCUGAAACAGGGGAGUUUCGAGACAGCGGCCACUCCUCCUUGACCUCCGGCGGGUCUGGUGUUGACCAGUCAUUAUAUGCACCGCCAAGACCAAGAAGAGACAGAAAACACACGGACGACAAUCGACCCAUGACGGAAGCUACGAUAAAAACUGAAUCGACGACCCCCGGUGUUGGACCCGAUGAGCCUAUGGAUGAUAAAGGAGACAAGAAGAAUAAGAGGCAAAGAAGGCAAAGGACUCACUUCACCAGCCAGCAGUUACAAGAGUUGGAAGCAACCUUCGCAAGAAAUCGUUACCCUGAUAUGUCCACGAGGGAAGAGAUAGCUAUGUGGACGAAUUUAACAGAGGCGAGAGUUAGGGUGUGGUUUAAAAACCGGAGAGCGAAAUGGAGGAAACGCGAAAGAAACGCAAUGAACGCAGCGGCAGCUGCGGCGGCGGACUUCAAGAACGGCUUCAGUACGCAAUUUAAUGGUUUAAUGCAGCCGUUCCCAGAUACGGAAGCUUUGUACUCAUCCUAUCCCUACAAUAACUGGGCAGCAAAAGUGCCAAGCCCGCUCGGGACGAAGAGUUUUCCGUGGCCCGUGAACCCUUUGGGAUCAGUAGUACCGGCGAGUCAUCAUCAGGGCUCCGUGAAUUGCUUUAAUACGGCAACAUCUAUGGGUGGCGUUGGAAGUGGUUCCAUGGCUGUAGCCGGGCCAGCGAGUGUGGGCGGCGGCGUAGCGCCCUGCCCUUACACGGCUGCACCGAAUCCGUACAGCAUGUACCGUGCCGAGCCGUGUCCGGCAAUGUCGUCGUCCAUCGCGUCUCUGCGUUUGAAAGCGAAGCAGCAUUCUUCGAGUUUUAGCAGUGGGUACGGGACGGUGUCUCCGGUGUCCCGUGCUGGUUCUGCCCCGUUGUCCGCGUGUCAAUACGCAGCGGGUGGUGUAGUGUCGGAUCGUGUGCUUUGAGAGGAGGCCCGCGGCCGCGAGGAUUCGCGCUCGCCGGGGCCUUUGCUCGCAGUCGCGCGCGCCUCCUAGUGUCCGCCACCGCGCGCGCAAUCAAACGCCGCGCAUGGACUCUAUUGCCACUUAUGGGAUUGGUUCGACUGAUUAUCAGACGAAUGCAAAUUGUAACUUCAAAAAUUAUUAAAACGUGAAAUACGUCAAGUUCCUAUAUUACAAUAGUAUUGUGUUGAAUUGCGAUAGAUUUUCAUUGGAAGAAAUCACUCCCAUAGUGAGCAAUUAAAACUGUGAAACUUCAGGCAAUAAAUUAAACGAUUAUAGAUGUUUUGUAAAUAUGUAGUUAUGUACUUACGUAUACCAAAGCGAAGUGUGCAAUUUUAUAAGCUUACGUAGAUAUUCGAUAUUUUAUAUUUUGACUAAUAUCGAUUGUUGUAAAUAUUAUGUAAUUAGCUUAUUUAUAUACGUUUGUUUAAUUAUAAAUUCAUCAAGCAUUUAAAUGUAAAUUAUUGUAAAAUAUUAUUAUUCUAAAUUGUAGGUAUUUUAUCUACAUGCAUUUGUUUAACAUUGUUUUAUGUAAUGGUUAUUGUAAAGUACAGUAUUGGUAAAACAUGAACUAUAAUGACUAGGGAAUUAUAAGUGAUUGAAGCUUUGUUUUUAAUAAUACAGUAAAGUAAAAUAAAAACUAAAUCAGUUAAUUUGUAAUAAUUACUUUACCUAAAACUCUGAUCAUGUCAACAAAGUAAAAACACAGAUUUGUCAAAAUUUUCUAUAAUAUUAAAUAAUACUGAUUUAGUUUUUAUGAAUAAGGGAGUAGAUGUCUUUAAAUUGUCACUGAUAUCGGCACGUAUCUUGGUAUUUUAAACAUAUAUUGCGUUUUAGUUAAGUAUCAAAAGACAUAACUUGUGGGCCGAGAGCGUUUUUAAAAAAAUUAAAAACUUCGCGCGAAAAAUUCCGAACAAUUUUAAAAGUCUAUAGUAAUUACUAUUCCAGUAGUACUGUGAAAAUUGUUAUAAAGGAACGCCUUUGAAUGAGAUUAAUGUAACCAGGAUCUCAUUACUGAUACGAGUAAUAUAUUACAAUUUUAUUUAACUGUACAUAAAUGUAUUUAUAACGGUUUAACGUUUACUAUUAGUACAGUGUAAUUAGUUAAAUUUUAGAACCCACAUCCGUGUGCCUAAUGAUAAUGAAAACCGUGUACCAUAGUUGUAUAUAAAACAAAUGUCAAGGUUUUCAUUUUAUACAUAUCAAACGAAAUAGCGGUUGGAUUAUUUUGUAAAUGUAUUCAACGAAACACUGAUUGUUUUUGUAACUUAAACCUCUAGUCAUAAUAAA